AUGAUGGCGCCUCUCACUGACGAUGCCGGCGAAACUUUUGGGAAUGUACCCAGCAAAUGGUCAAAUGCUGGAAAUCACGAACACUGUGGAGGAGGAUACGGGACUAUGUACGUUCUACAAGGUCUCCCUGACUCUCCGACCAAGUUGCGAAAACAAUGUCGAACUAACUCAAUUAUGCUAAAUGACACUGUCACGCCAUCAUUUUUCUUCAUGUCUAUAAAAUAUGUCUUGGGCUUCCAUCAUGAGGUCCAUCAGCCACAUGGCGUUGUCAAGCUGGAAGAUUCCUCGAACGUAUGGAUUCUGAAACCAAGUGAGGCUUCGAGGGGGCGCGGCGUUUUAAUCUUUGAUAGCCUGACUGACUUGAAAUUUUCUGGUCGCUGUGUGGUACAACGCUACAUUACUGACCCUUUACUAAUUGGUGGUUAUAAGUUUGAUCUGCGGAUCUACGCAUUGGUAUUAUCAUAUUCGGCAUUCACAGUUUACAUCCAUUCUGAAGGCUUAGUUCGAUUUGCCACUGAAAAGUUUGACAUGGCCAGAUUGGACAAUGUCUAUUCGCACCUUACGAACUCCUCCAUAAACGCUACCGGACCAGCAUAUAUGACAGAUAAGGUGUUUAUUUAA